AGAACAUUUUGGACACAAGCAUCCCAAGUACUCCGACACGCUGCUAGAUUAUGGAUUUUACUUAUUAAAUGUGGACAACAUAUGCCAAUCGGUUGCUAUUUACCAGACAGCUCUGGAUAUCCGACAAUCGGUCUUUGGGGGGAAGAACAUCCAUGUUGCCACAGCCCAUGAAGACCUAGCCUACUCCUCAUACGUGCACCAGUACAGCUCUGGGAAAUUUGACAACGCUCUAUUCCAUGCAGAACGUGCCAUAGACAUCAUAACUCACAUUCUGCCUGAGGACCAUCUUCUGCUGGCCUCCUCUAAGAGAGUCAAAGGUAAGGCAGGCAAAGUGGACAGUAGUAUUAUGCUCGUGUGUGUGACUCGCUGCUUGUAAUA